AUGGAGGGGGAGAGCAGGUGCUGCCCGAGGAGGGGGAAGAGAGACGUCGUCCCUUUUGACAGGGAGGUGAGUGCAUGGGGGAGGGGAUGUACUAGUGGUGAGGGUGGUGGGGAGGAGGAGGGGCAGGGGCUGUGGCAUGUGGUGCGGGCAUGCGGGGUGGAGUCAGCAGAGGGGCUGAGUGGCGUGGUGGACAAGUGGGGCUGGACCGCCAUGCAUGUGGCUGCUCGGAAUGGUGACUCCCCCGUGGUCAGUCUCACCUGCCUCCCCGCCUGCACCCAUGCAGCACAGCCAUGCACCAGCUCUCACCCAUGCAGCACAGCCAUGCACCAGCUCUCACCCAUGCAGCACAGCCAUGCACCAGCUCUCACCCAUGCAGCACAGCCAUGCACCAGCUCUCACCCAUGCAGCACAGCCAUGCACCAGCUCUCACCCAUGCAGCACAGCCAUGCACCAGCUCUCACCCAUGCAGCACAGCCAUGCACCAGCUCUCACCCAUGCAGCACAGCCAUGCACCAGCUCUCACCCAUGCAGCACAGCCAUGCACCAGCUCUCACCCAUGCAGCACAGCCAUGCACCAGCUCUCACCCAUGCAGCACAGCCAUGCACCAGCUCUCACCCAUGCAGCACAGCCAUGCAGCCCGCUCAACACUCUCUGAACCCACCGUCCAUCACGCGCAUGGACCGCACUCACCCUGCUUCCCGCUUCUCUCCCUCCCCGCCGUUCUCCCAUGCAUGUGCCUGCAGCUGCAGGCGCUGUUGCGCAUGGGCAUGCCAGCGGGGGUGUGCAGCACGCGCAACGCCACCACGCCACUGCACGUGGCGGCGUAUGGCGGCCACGUGGACUGCAUGUGCCUGCUGGCGGCUGUGCGUGCCUGGCGGCUUGACCAAGCAGCAGUGGGAGGCAGUGAGAUGACUUGCACACCAGGGAAUAGAGCCAGCAGAGGUAGAAGCAGCGGGGGCCAACCCCAAGGCGGUUCAGAUAGUGUGGGAGGAGCAUGCGCGGCGGGCAGGCCAAGGAGGGGAGAGGGGGCAUGGGUUUUGGAAGGAUGGUGUGCUCAUCUUGUCUCCCCUUUCCCCUCUCAUCUCCACUCUACCCCAUCCCUCUUCCUGCCCUCCUGUCCCCAUCCUUCUCCCUCAGGAGAGCCGUACACCAACUGCACCGCUCUGAACCCAUUUGUGCAGUGGAAUCUGCAGCCGCUGCUACCAGCCACUCCCCCCUCCUUCACCCUCACCUCACCACCCCCACCCGCCUUCACGCCGCCAUACGCCCUCUCGUCCAUCUGCUUGUGGACGUCCCUCUCCGCCAUCGCACCUGGUCGCACACAAGCAACAGCCCUCCUGCCACUGCCGCCACACACAAAGCCUGCUGAUGCAGAUGCUGGCAGUGGAGGCGAGAAGGCAGUGGGGGGCGCAGUUGGUUCGAGUCAGGGCGUGCAGGGGGAGUGGGCAGUGGCGGGGUAUGAGGCGAUGCGUGUGGUGCAGGUGGGGGGUGGGUGGCGCCAGGGCAGCUAUGGCCUGCCCUCCUCCCUCGCUGCCUCUGCUGCACCUGCUGUGUCUGGAAGGCAAGGUGACUUGUCUGGAAACCUUUGUUGCACUUCUUUGUAG